AUGCGGGGGCGGGAGACCAGCCUGUGUUUGUUCCUCCUCCUCCUCCUCCCCCUCCCCCGGGGGGCCUUCGCCGGCAAGGGACGGGAUUCCGUGUUAGGUUACUCUCUAGGAUUACUCCUUUAUAUCCUGCCUGGCUUGGUGAGCUGGGCAACUCAUUCCCUACAGUAUUUCCACACUGCAGUCUCUAAUCCUGAACCUGGACUCCCAGCAUAUGCCUCUGUCGGGUAUCUCGAUGACAACCUCUUUGUUGAGUGUGAUAGUGACAGUGGGCUGUUUAAACCACGAGCCCAGUGGAUAAAGGACAAUGUGGGUGCUGAUUACUGGGAGAGUGGUACCAAACUUGGAAUCGCACAACAGCAGGUGUUCAGAACCAGCAUGAGAAUUUUAAUGGAGCGCUACAAUCAGACCGGGGGGUUUCACACUCUGCAGCGCAGGAGCGGCUGUGAGAUUCGGAAGGAUGGCAGCAUUGGGGGGUCCCGGCAACUUGCAUAUGAUGGGGACGACUUCCUCAGCUUCGAUAUGAACACUUCCACAUGGGUAGCUGCGGUCAAGGAAGCUGAGAUCACCCAGCGCAGGUGGAAUGCGGAUACAGCCGAUCUUCAGUAUCGGAAGCAGUACACAGAGAAGGAGUGUAUUGAGUGGCUAAGAAAAUACCACCGGUAUGGGAAGGAGGCUCUUCAAGGGAGAGAACCCGCAGCCGUUGAGGUGUCGGGCAAGGCAACCCCUGACGGGCUCACCAGGCGCUCCUGCAGGGUCUAUGGCUUCUACCCCCGGGACAUCGCUGUGACCUGGAUGAAAAACGGGGAGACGAGAGAGCAAGAGACUCAGCGAGGGGACAUCCUACCCAGUGGGGAUGGGACCUACCAGAUUCAGGCAACCUUGGAGAUCGACCCCAAGGAGGGAGGCCGUUACUCCUGCCUUGUGGAUCACAGCAGCCUGUUGGAGCCUUUCAAUGUCUUCUGGGAGCCGAAGUCCAAUGUGAUCCCCAUUGUGGCUGGAGUGAUCAUGGUGGCUGCCGUGCUGGCUGCAAUAGUCGGAAUCAUCAUCUGGAGAAAGAUUGGCUCAGGGAAAAAAGGAGCUGGCUACUUGCCUCCAGGUUCACACAGGCUGGAGAAAAGUCCCAGAAAGUGA